CCUCCCGGGCCGCCGUAGCAGACCACACCUGCACACCUCGCCAGUGUUCAUGGGAAGCUCGCCUAAGACACUCACUCGCGUUCCUUUAUCAUGUGUCGAAUAAUUAGAUCUGUUAUCUGGAUAGUUCUUGUAUCGUUAUCAGCCUGUUCAGAUUUGGUAGCUGUGUACAAACAUGACAUUCUCUUACUUCGGGAUGUAGACAAAAUUACCCCUGAAUUGCCUCUCCAAUGGAACAAACAUGUUCUUCCCCUUCCAAAGGGCAUGUCAUACCCAGUGGGUCUAACUCAAGACAUCGAGAAUAAUCGGCUUUUUGUGGCUGAUGCAGUGCAUGAGGAUACCAAGAUUUUUUCACUUACACUUGAUUCUGACUUUAAUGUGAAGGCCAUGCAUUCAGUACUCAAAAAUUCUAGUCUAAUAGUAAUGGAAGGUAUGUCGUAUGAUCCUGUAUCACAUCAGCUAUACUGGACUGACAGCACCAAUCAUGGUAUUUUCAAGACUUUAAUUCCAAGUGAGCUAAAAGAAACAAAUUCAUUAGAGCCCAAACUUUUGGAAAGACAUGGAAAUGUUACUGGACCUCAUGGGGUUACAGUUGAUUACUGUAAUCAAUUGUUGUAUUGGAGCAAUAUAAACAAACUGGGAAGAGUACCAAGCACUAUACAGAUGGUUGAUUUGAGUGAAAAUAUACACAAGAUCAUUCAGCAGGAUAAUGAAAACAAUAUUUAUUAUCAGGGCUUAACCUAUGAUGUCACACGAGGAGCACUCAUUUGGGGAGAGACCAUUGGAAAUAACUAUACUGAAAGCAACUGUCGCAUUGUCAGUACUCCUACAAGAGAAAUGGAAUACCAUGAGCUGUUGAACUUGACAAACUGUUUUCCAUUUUCUUUAGCAGUUGAUGAAGAAUACAUUUACUGGGCAGAUUGGGCCCGACAGGGUAUCAUGCGGGCAUCGUUAAACAACCGUAGUGAUGUUGUAAAGCUAGUUCAUACUCCUGCCAUUAAAACUGCCUUUGGUUGGCAUCAUGGUGCUUAUGGUCUUUCCUUGUUAAGUAAUCCUGCAAAAAAAUUUACUAUGGAUUUAUGUAAAGGAGAGAAGAGUUUCCAGGGAAAAUUAGAUAUGAAAGCCCAAGAACCUGAGAUAAAAAACCCGGUCACCAAACCUCCACAUUUAGAAUCUGCCACAGAGGAAAUUACGAAGGAGACCAGUGUAAGCUCAGUGUUAACAGUUUCAAGAUUAAAGGAUUCACUGCAAGGGGAAACAGAAAUGACAACAGAUCAGAUUGUUAUGAAGAAUGACUCGGAAUCAGUGCAGCUUGGAACUGAAGAGGAAACUCCUCACAGUUUUGCCACAUCUCUUCAAGAAAACAAAAUGAUGGUUCAAGCAGAAAUGCGCAAUGAAACAAAGUUACUUAUAAUCAUAAUGGUGCUGGCUGUGUUCUGCGCAUUGUUUAUGUUUUCUACAGUCUUCCUUUUUGUCAAGUAUUUUUGCAAGAGAAGCCCAGAAAGAUGCAAACCAUCAUCACCCACAGCCAUUAAUCAUAAACAAGCAGUGCCUGCACAACUCAUUCGACAAGUGAAACGAUUUGGCCCUAAGAAGCGAUAUGGUUCUGGAAAUAAAUCCGGAUUUAUUGGUACAUCACCAUGCCCAGAGUUGUCCAGUAGUGAUGGUGUGAGCAUCAAUAUUGAAGAUUGUUGUCAGAUGACUAUGUGUGAAACUCCUUGCUAUACCUCUGUGAAACGAGAGGGGAAAGGAUACAAGGCUGCAGAGAAACACAACAGAUAUGAAGAUAAAAGGGGUCUCUUAGAUGAUUGUGAAGACAUCUGAAAUCUCUAAUACAUUUGAACAAUAAGCUGCACUUCUCGGUAACAGAACAGGAGAGGCCAUCUACAAUCUACUAACAUUUCCCAGAAGUAUGUUUAUUCACUCUUGAAAUAAUUAUGAAUGAAAAGAAAUGAAAAGUUUUUGUUACGUUAGUAGGGAGCAAAUUAAGGUUGUAAUUUUGCCCUAGUACAGGGCUUUUACUGUUUUUUUUUUUAUCAUGGCAUUAAGAAUUUUUGCUUAUGUUAGAUUGUCUUGCUGCAUAUUCAUAUAUUUUUGCUCCUACUGGGUUAGGUCAAUUAAAAAUAAUUAAAAUAAUAUUUAUUUCAAUCAUAAUUAAGUUUAAAGAGGUGUCAUAUGUGAUAUAACUAAAUAUUUGGAGCUGGCUCUCCUUUGUAAUGACAAAUGACACAUUCACCCCAUAAAUCAUGAAACUGCCUUAAGGUUGUUAAAUAAUGGUAACAGUUAAAAUACUUAGGAAGGAUGCUAGUUAUGAGUCAAGAUGCGCAACAUUUUCUCAUAGUGUGUUUAUUUGGCUAAAAUGAUAGUUACUCAUUCAUUAUAAACUAUUUGGAUCAAAAUGAUAAACAUCUACAUAUACUGUAUAAAAUAUCCACGUAUAUCUUUUGUAGGACCUACUCUAAAAUCAGUCCUUGUCAAAUAAUAAAUCUAACAGUGACUUUAAAUUAUCAUGUGUACUAAGCUAUUUGAGUAGCCUUGCAAGAAAAACUCUAUUUGAUAUUUCAGUUAUGUAUUUGGUACCGUAAUUAAUGCUUUUGGAAUAGCAAUUGUCAAUGCAUCCUAGUGUUGAAAUACUCGUCAAUUAUUUUGUUCAAAUGUGACAUCUAAUUUUUUAAUUAAACAUGCAUGCAUGGCAUGAUUGUGCAUGCACAUCAUGAGUAUUUGUGUAUACUGUAAUAUAUAUUAUACAUAUAUAUAUAUACACACACACACACAUACAUACAUAUAUACACUAACACACAAACUUGCUCGAACAAAUAAUACGGGGCAAAUUCAAUUUGUUUCACAGAGAAUUUUGUUUGAGCCAUUGGGUUUCUGACAACCCCCCAGGCCAUUUUUAGGGGGAAGUUGGGGUGGAGAAAUGUGAAGACCUGCAACCCCUGUAGUGCAGAUAGUAUACAUGUUUGCUACUUCCCUUACCAAGAGAGUAGUGUAUUGGAAUUCAAGUACACUUGGGUAAGUACAAAUCCAUCCUAACACACCUUUGGCGCUGACUUAAAACAAUUAUGCAGUCUUCAUUUUACUAUUGCAAAUGAUAGAAAAAUAAUUUUUGAACAAUUUUGUGUAAAAAUGUUAAUUAUUUGAUGUGCACUCAUUACACUGAUCAAAAUGGACCAAUAAGUCCAAAGUUAAACUUAAGUGAUCAGUGGAUCACUUAAAAUCAGCCAGUCUUGGUAUAAAAAUUGAUAACUAAUUAUUUACACAUUUUUCAUUUUGACUCUCAUAUAAAAUGAUAAUUGGGAAAGAAUUUGGUGCCAGAUUUCUAUACUGUAUUGUGAAUACAAUAUAUUGGGCCCAAAAAUGUAAAAUUAUAAUAGAACUAUUCUCACCAAGGGUGGUGAGGUGUAAAAGAGGGGGACAAGGUGUGGUGGGAAGCAUUUGACUGGGAGCCGACUCUUCCUUACACCACCAGUGUAACACCACAGGCAAUGAGGUGGUUGUGCCUACACCACCUGUGUCACGUCAAUUUUCUGCUCAACGUAAAUAUACUUCCACUUUUUUUUUUAUUACCUUCAACACCAUGUGUGCUGCUGUAAGGUAUCUUGUUAACAAUAAAGGCAAGUACAGUGUAGAUAAUGCACUGUACUUGCCUUUAGGUACAUUGUACUUAAUAAUAUUGUACAGUGUACUGCUCAGCCAAGCAACUCUAUUGUUUAAAGGCAUAGAAUGACUGUGGCUUUGGUACACUUUCACAUCUGUUUUAGAAAUUUUGUGACUGUUUGGCGUUAUUAUUGUGUGAUAUUUGUCAAAUAAUGUUAUGUCUUAUCAAUAUUUGGAUUUAGAACAAAUUCAUUUAGGUAUGAAUGAGCUGCAGUAACCUGCAGUGCAAUAGUAUUAUCUUUCGUCUGUUUUGUGUAUAUGAUUUCUUCAUAUUAUUAUUUGAUAAUACAUUAUGAAAAAU